UUAUAGUAUUUUUUUAUCUUGAUUGCACAGGUGGUUAUCGGACGGUGAUCAGCGGAGCUAUUCAGGAGCAUCAUCGGAAUAUUCCUCACAAAACGGUGACGAAGAUCCAGAAUUUAGUAUGGACGAGAUUAGCGCCGAGGAUGAUGAUAGCAUUGAUUUGGAGCAGUUUCAAAAGGAAGGAGUUUUGAAUUCAAAUAAUAAGGAUAUAAUGGGUUAGGCGGAAGUUGGCAUGAGUGGCGGGAUUGAACAGAAUCAGGGAGAUGGGAGGAUGGUGGACUCGCAUGGGCUGGUAAAGGAUAAUGGGUUGAUAGAUGUUAUUGGGCCGGGAGUUAGUCUUACUGGGAUGGUUGAACAUUGUAAAAGCUUAAGGCCCAAUGACAUAGAUCUAGAAGGAUCCGCACGUGACAAGUUGAGACCAUUGCUGAAGCAAAGGGAUCUCAGAAGCUGUAGCUAUUUUCAUCAUGGCCAGCAAUUCAAAUUCAUUGAAUUUGUCCCAAUCCUUGAUUUGUGGGAUCUUGUGGAGAAUGGGUUUGCUGAAACUGAGAAGUCACUAGCAGCAGAGGUGAAAGAUCUUCGGAAGAAGGACGCAAAGGCAUUGCUUGUAUUGCAGCAAGCGGUAACUGACUCAAUCUUUCCUCGGAUUGCAAAUGCCACAAAGUCAAAGGAAGCUUGGACCAUUCUGAAUCAGGAGUUUUAUGGAGAUGACAAGGUAACAAUUGUGAAACUUCAAACUCUGCGUAAAGAAUUUGAAAACUUAUGCAUGAAAGUAAGUGAGUCAGCUCAAGAUUUCUUUAGUAGAGUUUCUGUCAUUAUUAAUCAAUUGAAAACUUAUGGUGAUCAAGUUGAUGAUUGUAAAGUUGUUGAGAAGGUUUUGAGGUGUCUACCAUUUAAGUUCGAUCAUGUUGUAGCUGCUAUUAAAGAGUCAAAGGAUUUCUCUGUUUAUUCUCUUAAUCAAUUGAUGGGCUCACUUUUAGCACAUGAAGAGAGAAUGAACAAGUUUGCAGAGAAGAACAUGGAGCAAGCCUUUCAAACAAAGGUAGAGAUCUCUAGCCAGGAGAAAACUGAUCACAGAGACUCUAUUAGUAGAGGAAAAGGUAGAGGAGGCUACCGUGGUCGUGGACGAGGCCAAGGGGGAUCAAGCUCAACUCAUCAGAAGUACGAGAAUGGACAAAGAGGUAACCAAAAGCAGAAUUAUAAGUGGAAGCAGUGCCAUUUUUGCAAGAAACAUGGGCACAUCGAGGCAAACUGUUGGGAGAAGGCAAAGCAACAAGCAAACUUUGUUGAAGAAAAAGAAGUUGAAGAGAACUUGUUCCUCACCAGUUUAAUUCCAAAUGUCAGCAAUUCUGACUUGUGGUUUCUUGAUAGUGGAUGUAGUAAUCAUAUGACAGGUGUUAGAAGCCUUUUCCGGAAUAUCGAUGAGACAGUGAAGCUGAAAGUUCGGCUUGGAGACAAUAAGCAGGUGCAAAUUGAAGGCAAGGGAACAAUUGCAAUUAGAACCAAGUCAGCUAUCGAAAAGUUGAUUCAUGAUGUUUAUUACAUACCUAACUUGGCACAUAAUUUGCUUAGUGUGGGUCAGUUGGUAGAGAAUGGGUAUUUGGUUGAAUUUCAUGAUGGCUUGUGUGAAAUCAAGUGCAGUAAAUCUGAUAUGUCUCUUGCUAAGAUUCCCAUGGCUAAAAAUAAAAUGUUUCCACUUGAGAUCUCAUGUUUGAAUGACCUUGCACUUGUUGCAAAUGUUAAAGAUGACUCCAAGUUAUGGCAUAUGAGAUAUGGGCAUUUGCAUUUUAAUGGGUUGAAAUUGUUGAGUCAGAAAAAGAUGGUUUAUGGUUUGCCCUCUAUUAUUCCUAUUGAUGAUGUUUGUGAAGGUUGUGUUUAUGGGAAGCAGCACAUAAAUGCAUUUCCAGUUGGGAAAGCAUGGAGAGCAAAGGAGCCUUUGGAGUUAGUACAUGUUGACAUUUGUGGGCCAAUGAGAAAUUUGUCUUUGAACAAGAGGAAAUAUUUUUUAUUGUUCACUGACGAUUUUUCUUGUAUGAGUUGGGUAUUUUUCCUUGUUCAGAAGUCAGAAGCUCUUGAGAAAUUUCAGGAAUUCAAAGCUUUUGCAGAGAAAGAAUGUGGCCAUGAAAUAAAAAUUCUUCGAACUGAUAGGGGAGGAGAAUUUUUAUCUAAUGAGUUUGGUAGUUUCUGCAAGCAGAAUGGGAUCAAGAGGCAACUUACUGUAAGAAGAACUCCAGAACAGAACGGGGUUGCUGAAAGGAAAAACAGAACAGUUGUAGAGAUGGCAAGGAGCAUGUUGAAUGAGAAGAAACUUCCACAAACCUUCUGGGCUGAAGCAGUUGCUAUUGCUGUUCAUAUUCUCAACAUUUCUCCAACAAAGGCAGUGCGAAAUAUGACUCGAUAUGAAGCAUGGUGGAAACGGAAGCCCAAUGUAAGUAGUUUGAGAGUUUUUGGUUGCAUUUCUUAUGCCAUGAUAGCUUCUAAUGAUCGUACAAAGAUGGACCAGAAAAGUGAGAAGUGUAUUUUUGUUGGAUAUAGUUGUGAGUCCAAGGGUUAUCGUUUGUAUAAUCCUAUUACUAAGAAGCUGAUUAUUCGUAGAAAUGUUGUUUUUGAUGAGAACAGUGCAUGGGAGUGGAAUGAAGGAAAGAUUCGGCACUUGUCAUAUGAAGAAAGUGAAUCCAGUGAGCCACAAGCAGAGGAGACGGAAGUUGGCCAACAAUCUUCUCCUACACUGAGUUCUCCAACAAGGUUGCCACAAUCUGCUCCAACUCCUCAACCUCGAAGGAUGUUCACUAGAAGCAUGUCUGGUGCCAUUCUUAGGAAGGAAAAACCUUUGGAGCAAGUUUAUGACCUAGAUACUUAUGCACUUCUGGUGGUAGAACCUACUUGCUAUGAUGAGGCAUAUGGAAAACAUGAAUGGGAAAAUUCCAUGAAGGAGGAGAUAGAUUCGAUUGAGAAGAACAACACUUGGGAGCUUGUAGAUAAACCAGAAGGGAGGACUCCAAUUGGUGUGAAGUGGGUCUAUGGAGUGAAGUAUAAAGCAGAUGGGAGUGUGCAAAAAUACAAGGCAAGACUUGUGGCCAAAGGCUAUGUGCAAAAACAUGGUAUUGAUUUCCUUGAAACUUUUUCUCCUGUUGCUAGAUUUGAGACUGUUAGAUUGGUGAUAGCAUUAGCAGCUCAAAUGAAAUGGAAGAUUUUUCAGUUUGAUGUUAAAUCUGCUUUCUUGAAUGGUUGGUUGGAAGAAGAUGUCUAUGUUGAGCAGCCUGAAGGAUUCAUUGUUCAAGGCAAAGAAGAAAAGGUGUACAAGCUCAAGAAAGCUCUUUACGGACUCAAGCAAGCCCCACGAGCCUGGUAUGGUAGACUUGAUUCGUACUUGCAUGAUAAUGAUUUUCAUCGCAAUGAAAAUGAGCCCACUUUGUAUGUGAAGGUGAAAGGAGGUGAUAUUCUCAUUAUUUGUGUUUAUGUGGAUGAUAUUAUUUACACUGGUUCUUCUAACAUUCUUAUUGAAGAAUUUAAGAAGAAUAUGUCUGCUGAAUUUGACAUGUCUGAUUUGGGGCUGCUGCAUUAUUUCCUUGGGUUACAAAUUUACCAAACUGAUUAUGGUAUUUUUGUUUCACAAGAGAAGUAUGCAUUGGAUUUGCUGAAAAAAUUCAACAUGCAGAAUUGCAAGAUGUAUGCUACUCCUAUGAACACAAAUGAGAAGUUGACAGUAGAUGAUGGAACUCCAAGAGCUAAUGAGAAGUAUUUUAGAAGUAUGGUUGGCGGAUUAAUGUAUUUGACUCACACUAGACCUGAUAUCAUGUUUUCAGUUAGCUUGGUUUCAAGGUUCAUGCAUAAUCCCUCUGUGCAUCAUCUUGGAAUAGCAAAACGAAUUCUCUGUUACAUCCGAGCAACAAGCAACUUUGGAAUUUGGUACAAGCCAGUGCCUGACUUUAAAUUGCUUGGUUUUACUGAUAGUGAUUGGGCAGGUUCUGUAGAUGACAGAAAAAGCACAAGCGGAUAUAUAUUUAAUCUUGGCUCGGGUGCUGUAUCUUGGAGUUCAAAAAAGCAAGAAUGCACUGCAUUAUCUUCCUCUGAAGCAGAAUAUGUUGCUGCUUCAUCAGUUGCUUGUCAAGCAAUUUGGAUGCGAAGGAUUAUGAAAGAUUUGCAGCAAGUUCAAGAGAAGGCAACAAAGAUCUUCUGUGACAACAAAGCAACAAUUUUAAUGACCAAGAAUCCAGUGUUUCAUGGAAGAACAAAACAUAUUGAGCUGCAUCAUCACUUUAUCCGAGGUGCUGUUGCAGAUGGAUUAAUUGCUUUGGAGUAUUGUUCAACAAGUGAUCAAGUCGCUGAUGGAUUUACUAAAGGACUCUGUUUUAGUAAAUUCAUGAAGUUCCGUAACUCACUUGGAGUUGCAGAGUUUGCAUCAAGGGGGGAUGUUGAAAACUGAUGCAAAGUGGUUAUUGUCUUUAUCUAAUUUGUUUUUUAGUUUGUUAUUUAGUUUGAAUAAGUUUUCCUGAUUUUU